GAGCGGCCGGGGCAGGCGCCGGGUUCAUGUUCCGGGUCGCCGAGCCCAACCCGACCCGAGCUCCGGCGGCGAGGAAGAGCUGGCAUUUCAGUAGGACUAUGGAGGAGCUGGUUCACGAUUUAGUCUCAGCACUGGAAGAAAGUUCAGAGCAAGCCAGAGGAGGUUUUGCUGAUACUGGAGAUCAUUCUCGAAGUGUCUCUUGUCUUCUGAAGCGGCAGGCAAGAAAAAGGAGGGGACGAAAAAGGCGUUCAUUUACCACCCAUCAUCCCUGGGAGACCGGUCACUGUUUAAGUGAAGGUUCUGAUUCCAGUUUAGAAGAAUCAAGCAAAGAUUACAGGGAGAAUCAUACUAACAAGAAAGACCACAGUGACUCUGAUGACCAGUUGUUGAUUGCUAAACGCAGGCCUUCUUCAAACUUAAAUAACAUCAGAGGCAAAAGACCUCUAUGGCAUGAACCAGAUUUGGCUGUGGACAAUUUAGGAAACAGAACUUUGCGCAGGAGAAGAAAAGUGAAAAGGAUGGCAAUUGAUCUGCCGUCAGAAGUUUCUAAUGCACUGACAAUAACUCAACAGCAGGAUAACAGAGAUCAAGAAAUGGACAAUGACAAUAAAUCAUACCAACAUCAGGAGUUUUCUAAGAACAAAGUGAAAAAGAGAAAAGUAGCUGCAGUUCGACAAGGACCAGAAAUCUUGGACGAAGGAGUAGUAAUAGAAAAUGAAGAAAUGAACCAAGCAAAUAAGGACAAAAUGGAAUAUGAAGAGCAAAAGGGCUCAGAUGAGAACAUGAGUGACAGUGAAUCCAGCAGCCUGAGCAGCAGUGAUGCUGGUUUGUUUACCAAUGAUGAGGGAAGACAAGGUGAUGAUGAGCAGAGUGAUUGGUUUCAUGAAAAUGAAUCUGGUGGAGCAUGUGGAAUUACAGGAGUCAUUCCUUGGUGGGAUCAAGAAGGCUCUACAGAACUGGACAGAGAAUUGCCCGACCCAGUCUUUGAAAGUAUCUUAACUGGUACUUUCCCCCUCAUGUCCCAUUCAGGGAGGAGAGGUUUCCAGAGCAGGUUUAGUCAUCUUCAUGGAAUGCCAGCAAGAAACGCAAAAAAGGCUGCAGGAAACCAAAAUGCAUUGAUAACUCCGGGACCAGGUGGUAGCAGGAAGACAAUUCACUUGUCCCAGGAUUCUCUUCACCAUGACCAUUGGUUUAGCCCUGGGGCUAGGAAGGAACAUAGCCAGCUCUUGCGAGACAACCGGUCGGACAGAGGACACAAGAAGAACAGCUCUGUAAAAACAGCUAGUAGGCAAACCAGUGUGCAUUUAGGAUCAUUGUGCAUGGGAGACAUCAAACGGAGAAGGAAAGCUGCUCCCCUGCCAGGACCCACAGGGUUUGUAGGUGAAAACACUCAACCAAUCCCAGAAAACAACAUUGGAAACCGAAUGCUUCAGAGCAUGGGCUGGACUCCUGGCACUGGCCUUGGACCAGACGGGAAAGGGAUAGCAGAGCCAAUACGAGCCAUCCAGAGACCAAAAGGACUCGGACUUGGAUUCAGCUGACAGAAAUGCACUUUGGCUGCCAAGUGAAAGUAAAGAUAGAAAAUAAUAUAAAAAGACAAGAAUUGCAAACUUGUAUUAUUUGGUAUGAUCAGCAAAUCCAGUUGUUCUUCUCUCAAAGAUCACUGAAGCCUGUGUGCUUCACAUCAGCUACUCCAGCUGCAAGGUACAGCCACAGUGACAGAACCGGCGUUUGAAUCUGAUUUCACAAUGGUGCUAACAUUUACAAACACUUGUAUUUUUUUAUUUCCUCUGGUCUUAAAGUUUGUAUUAAGUAAAAAAUUCAGUGUAUUUGCUUCUUUUCAUAGAACCUUCUGACACAGCAGAUUUUAGUAUAUGAGCAAUUUUUUUUGUAAGUAUAAUUUCAUCUCAAGAGCCUUGAUAAGGUUUGUCAAGGAAAAUUGAAGUUUAUAUAGUAAUUGUGUUUUCCCCCUUUUCAGGCCAAGUUUCCAAACCUGAUAUUUCUAGUGUUUAACAGUAUUUGAGGAUAAGCUGUCAUUUUGCCUGUAAGAUAUACAUGUUUUCUGCUGGAAGGUGAUAUGUUAUACAAUUUUGUAUAAGAGCAUGAAAAAUGGUUUUGUCAUCAUAGGAAUGCCAUUUCAACAUCAUUAUCUGGCAAUGUAUCACUGUCUUCCACAUUCAAGCUCAAAAGUAAAGCUUUUAUACUUGUUUUUACAUUUGCAGGAUUAUCUUUUUUCAGCAGAUAUUUUAAAAUCUUAAAGUUUAUUCUGAGUGUGGAUAUCUCUUUAUAUGAAUAAUGUGUUUACUCUUAACAAUAUAUUUCAACUCUGAACCAGAAAGUUGUACUUUAAAGAUGCCCCUGUCAGUAUUAAUAUGCUGGGAUUUGGUAUUUUAAACAAUGCAGUGUUCAACAUUUGUUUUGUGAUUGUGCUGGUGCCAGUGAGCCACAAUGUUUAAGGAACAUAAAGUAACUGAAAAAGGACAAGAAGUGAGAUUAGAAUGGAGGAAAGGAAGGAAAAACAUACUUUGAUAGCUUCUUAAACAUCCAAGCUAGCAAUUUAAAAUCAAGAAGAGUCAUUAAGUGUUUUAAUCAUUAUCCUAAUGUAUCUAAUAUCAGCAGAAGUAAUUUCAUUAAGCAGCAACCAAUCAAGCUCCUAGGGCACUACUGGUCUGUAGUAUAAAACAAAUUCCACUUUAAAAUUGAAUGAUAGGGCUGAUGAAAACGGUUGUGCAGAUGGACUAAGGAGAAAAUAUUGCACCUGCGGUAGUAGCUAGAAAUAUUUACUUUGAUCACAGAGGGAACGGGAUUUGGUUCUUCAGUUUCUUUUUCUUCCCUGUCCUUGCUACCAAACUGCUUAGAAAAAUACCUCAAAGAUUGUUGCAAAGAAAAUUUCUGAGAAUAACAGGAGUGCAGCUUCCUUAAUGUGACUGAAACAUAGUGAUGAAUUUUAAGAACCGUUUUUUUCACUGAUUUUUUUCUUUCAGAUUCACCCAUUUUUUUUCUUCCAGAAAAGCAAUGCUAGGAAAUGUAGCAACAUUAUAACAUGGAAUUUUCUUAAAAGUUUUGUUCAUUCUUUCCAGGGUGAGUACUGUCAAUUCAGAAACUUUCUUUCACAACUUAUAUAGUGUAGAGUAAAAGAUUAGUACCUGUUGUUGUUCUUGAUAAUAGCUGAGUGCAGAUGUUCUAUGAGUUUCAGAAGAGCCAUUUAUUGUUCUUUGUAUCCUUGAUAUCAUUGUGUGGUUCUGCCUUUUAACAUUAUAAGAAUUUUUAAACAGACUUGGCAUUUAUAAUCAGUGCAAAUUUUUUAUGGAAUGUUUUGGAGCAUAGGAUAAUGUAUGUUAGACACUUCUAAUAUCUCUUACACACAAACCAAGUUAAAUACAUUCCGUACCCAAAGAGUUCCAGGGCCACGUAAUUGCAAACAACCUGGAAUUCUGCAGACAGCAGAGGUGCUCGCUUCUGUAUUUGUUAUUUACAGUAAUAAAUUUUUAUGACACACUCCCAUUCUUUCAAGGCAGGGCCUGCAAUUCUCUUAGUGCAACCAUCUAGCCAGUUCCUUAUCUUGUGAGUGAUCCAUCCAUCAAAUCCAUUUUUCUCCAAUUUGACAGUCAGGAUGUCGUGCAGGACUGCUUUGCACAAGUCCAAGUAGAUGUCAUCAGUUGCUCUUGUUUUAUCCACUGACACUGUAACUCCAUCAUAAAAGGCCACCAAGUUUGUCAGACGUGACUUAUCCUGGGUGAAGCCAUGUUGGUACCACCA